AUGUCGGGCCUAAUAAUAUCAAAUCAUGUCGUGCACCCAUCGGAGGACCACUCAGCAGCCGGCAAUCUUGAACAGGGCGUUAACCGGCUCCCAGCACAUCUUCAAAGCCUGACACUUUCAACAGAUCCGGAACUCGAAAAUGUCCGUCUAGCAGACUUACCACCGGCUAUAGUAGAGGAGGACGAGGACACCGCCAGUGAGCCUUGUGAACCAUUGACUCCGAUCAGCACCAUCCACCCGCCUCAUUUCAACAAUGAUCAUCCGCAUGGCAAGGUGUCAAAGCCGAUAAUUAACAACGCUGAUGAACUCCCUCCGACUGACCUCUCCUCGUCUCGUCCAACAAAUUGUCCUUCCAAAACACCUCCCCCACCACUGAUCCGCCGCCAUUCACCGUUGAGAUCUGCAUCCAAGUCUAUAAAGUCGCUUUUCCGAAAAAGAAAGGGUACCGGUAGCGGUGCUGAUGAUCCUGCAGCACCAACAUCAAAUUCUGGUCCACAAGAAACUACCCAACCCCACAAUAUCUCGAUACUCACCAACAAUAUACAUCAUGGCUUGUUCCCGUCAGCAUCCCGCAAUUCACCAACCAAUUCAUCACAUUCGGGUUCACCCCGUUCUCCAUUUUCACCCUCGAGUACCUUUAAUGGUGGUGUUGCAGCCAUGCUAAGCAGCUCAACGCCAUCAGAAUCGAGUUUGGCCCAAAAGAUACCUGCUCGAGCAUCGACGGGUCUCAGUUUAAGGGAGCGGGGCAAGAUCAUGUUUGGUUCGACUCCGAGACCCAAUAGGAUAGAUCAGAAAAUACGAUCACCGAGCUUGAGCGAUGUGCAAAGCCAACCGGAACGUCCUGGGUUCUCAAUACCCGCUGUCGAGGGUGUGGGGUUAAAGUCACGUCGGAUGAGUGCAAGUUUUCCGGACGACUUUGACGUCGACACGUGCGAAUUAGACGAAGAAUAUGUCAGUGCCAGUCGAGUUCCAGGGAAACGGGCUAAAGAAAUUGGAAAAGGUGCGACUGCAACCGUCAAGGUUAUGUGCCGGAAACACGGGAAAAGACAUGACCUUUAUGCAGUAAAAGAGUUUAGGAAACGUGGACAGCAGGAGGACGAGGAUGAAUAUGUGAAAAAGGUUAAAUCCGAAUUUUCGAUCGCGAAAAGCCUCGAUCAUCCUAACAUCGUCAAGACAUUUCGCCUUUGCAUACACAAUGGACGAUGGAACCAUGUCAUGGAGAUGUGCUCUUAUGGAGAGGUGUUCUCGUUAGUUCAGAAGGACUAUCUCACUGACGCUGAUAAUCUAUGCUUCUUUAAACAAACUGUGCGUGGCAUUGCCUAUCUGCACGAAAACGGCAUUGCCCACCGUGAUAUCAAGCUGGAGAAUUUACUUCUUUCGGAUGAGGGCCAUAUUAAAAUCACCGACUUCGGCGUUUCUGAGGUGUUCAGUGGCAUUCACCCUGGCCUGCGUUCUUCUGGCGGACAAUGUGGUAAAGAGAUGAACGGUGUCCGCUUAUGCUCCCCAGGUAUAUGUGGCAGUUUGCCAUAUAUAGCCCCUGAAGUGCUUGCAAAGAAGGAAUUUAUGGUUAUGGCUGCUGACUUUUGGCGCUCAGAUAAAUAUGACCCUCGCCCUCUUGAUAUUUGGUCCUGUGCCAUCGUCUACCUCUGCCUUCGAUUUCGCGCUAGCCCCUGGCCGGCAGCUGACGUGAAACACUUUCAAUACGCCACCUUUCUGGAUGGCUGGAAUCGGUUCCUGAAGCAAGAUCCGGACAGAGUCGUUACAGAGGAUGACUACCCCAAUUGCGGGCGACUUUUCCGGCAUAUUAAAUAUCUUGGCAUGAGACGCCUCCUUCUCAAGAUGCUCAAUCCCGACCCUGCGAAACGCGCCAAUAUCCAAGAGGUCAUGCAAGACCGCUUUUUCAAAACCAUCGAAUGCUGCGCUCCGGAACCCCUCGAUCCAUCAAAAGUUGUCACUUCAAUCGACGUCGCCAGUAGCGGUAGCCACAAAUUAGCUAGCAAGAUGGUGGUGCAGAAAACUCAUCACCAUUUUCCCCCCUCGAAAAAACUACUCCCGCAGCAUCGAUUCGAUAUGGGCGAUGGAUAUCAGUGAACGUUUAAGGCUCUCCUCGUCAUGACUUAACUUUUCUUUCGUAAAUAAAUUCUCGCCCAACUAUAUCUUCUAUUUGUUUAUACCACAUUACCUUGCGUUUUUUUUUUCUUUUGUUUCUUCAACCUUUCGCUCGUUAUGUUUCACCUCUAGGUUUACCGUUGGCGGAGGGUGGAUAUUUCCGUGAUGCUUCUAGCAUAUAUUGUGUGGACCAGUUCUCUAUUACUCAACCACUUUCUAGUGUUCCAUCCCCGUUUCCUUUAUUCAUCUUUCCUCCUGCAUUGGGGUUAUGGGUUGGCAUUUUCUCUUUGCUCUACUCUUAACUAUUCAUGAUAUCUCAAACCACUAUGCUUUUUUUUAUCAUUUUAUUAUCCAUGUUUCAAUUUUUAUUUUAUGUCCUGCUGCGCGACACUGCACAUAUACACGUCGACGAUGGUGGCUUUCGCUUUUUCCCUGUUCCAUCUCAUUCUUGGUCUGUAUGUAUGGUGCCGUCCAUCAUUGCCUUGUCCUUUAUUGUUUUAUUCGCUAGCCCGUUUCGAAGGGGUUGUGUCCCCGCUGCUACUGUCAUGCAUCAUUUUCAAAACAUUUCCCUCUACGUAACUUGUGAGAUCGCCAUUUUCCGCUUUUUCUCUCUUUGUACCUUUUUGUUUUUCUUUUUUUAUUAAAAAGACAUUUGAUUCCCUCUGAAUAAAAUUCACUAGGUAAUAAUUAUUGGGUUAGUUGUAAACAUUGAACUUUUUUUUUAUUUUCAUCCAUGGUCUGCUACGUUUUAUUUAUCUGCGUUGUU